ACAAGAAGAACACCAAGCUCAAAGAAUACUUAAUGUUCUUUUCCCAAAUACUUCAAGACGAUCAUGGUUGUCAACCAAAAUAUCCGAACUCACGCAAGAAUUUUCAAAAUUUCAGUUGUCAUGUACUACCGUAUUUGCGCGUAAUAACGCACAUGGUACCGCACGAGCUGUUUUGCUAGGCAGUAAAGGGAUUGAGAAUCCUAACAACCCUAAGAAUGAUACUGAAACAUAUUGGAUAAAACUAUCUGAUGAAAUCGUAAAUUUGGUUUCUGCUCCAUAUAUACUUCUUGGAAACUCAGAAGGCUCUAUUUUGAAAAAGAAAAAAUGGGUCAAAAAGGUAGCAAG